AUGCAGUUUGUUGGUGCGUUACUGAGUCGAGUGAGUUAUCCAAUUUUACCAACACGAGAAGUUCAUGUAUCAGUCGUUGCUCUUAUUCAAGCAGCAGCACGAAAAGAAGUGGAAGAUCCGACAGUACGAAAAUAUCUCAUUAGUUUACUUAAUAUUCUGUGGAAGAAAUUACGGGGAGAUCCUGUCCAGACUGAAUUCUUUUUUCUUCAUGCUGAUCGACUCAUGAUACGUACAACAGACAUGAUGAUGAACGGUACGAAACCACUUGGAGCAAUCAAUGAUGACCCGUUCUUGCAUUUGGACAAGCAUCAUACACAAAGUGAAGUGCCUGAACUGAUUUUGUUUACGGGACUGCUACCACAUAUGUACGCAAUGGGAAAGAUUGGCGAAAAGUGCCGGGAAGCUCUAGUGAUUGCAGCAGCGGUGCAUGACAAGGCACUCUGUCGCUUUGUCUUGCAACUCACGCCGUUCUGCCACUAUGCGGUAAACGGCGUGAUUUCAGCAUUUGAUGCACUGCCCAAGACUCUGGCAUCGACGGCAAAGAGUUCUGCUGCCAUAGCGAGCGCAAUCGAUCUGGAUGCAAAUAUGGAGGUCCAGGUUAGCUUUCUCGCUGUGCGAUUGCGUUUUUGCUGCACCCUGGCGAUGGUGGCACGGUACGAGCUGGAAGAAGUGGAUGAGGUCACAGGUGAACUGCAGCGCCGAUCGAUUGCUGAUGAACUCUUGGAUCAGUUCCGGACUCGUUUCCUGGAAGGUCCGCUUCUCGAAGGUCUUUUGCACACAUCGGAGGCUGCCGCUUGCGCCGCCACACUCUACGCGCGCAUAAUUCUAGAAGAAUUGACAGCCUGUGGUCGCGACACACGAGCCAAUCCACUGCUUUUCGUUUAUUUACAAUUUCUGCUCGAACGCACACCUGUGCGUACAAUGGACACAUCUCCGGCGACUCCAGUUGCAGUUAUCGAGGACGAUAACACACCAGCGCCGGCAAAUCGGAAAGCAAAACAAGCGUAUAGAUCUUCUGUAGCACAGCAGCUGCCGUCGGAGUUACUGCGUCACAUAGACUCUCUUUCAAGCUCCCUGUGUAUCACUACCAUUGACCUGUUCACAAGCGUACUGGCAUUACAGGAUGAGUACGCGGACAGUAUACUGCUAGACGCAGGUGAUGGGCUUGAGAGUACUGUCGAGAGUGCAGGCGAGUGGAGUUCGCGAAAGCGCGCACCCACAGCCUCUUCGCUUUCGAGCCCUAUCGCGCCCAAGAAUGGUGCUAUCGGGUUCGCAUCGCGAUUUCCCGAUUCGUCGGUGGCUUCGAACGUCCAUCUGUGGAACAUCCAUGCAUUUGCCCGUCCAGAUGAUCUCGCCGCAGAAAUCCCGGCAGCCGACGACCAAGACGACCAGGUGCUGUCGCUACUUUCUUACAUUGCUGAUGCCGAGUACGCUGCAUGCCAGCGCGGCCCUGACGAGAUGGACGACUCUGAUGACGAUGAAGCCGACUUGCAAGAAGAGGUUACAGAACUGCCAACAGCAGUACCAAUAUCGGAAGAGGCUGAAAGCGUCCCUCCGUUUGCUGCUACUGCUGCAGGUGCGACCUCGCCUUCAAGAGUAUCCUCCAGUCGGACUGCUACUCGCAAUGCGACGAAGCCGCUGCGUGAUGUAUAUCUAAGCAUCAGUUUGCCAUCAUUUUCGCCAGCUGAACCGGCUGGCCUUCGAGAGCGGACUCAGCCGCAGCUCGAACAAAAGUUGAUUGUCAGAGGUGACGAAGGGAACAUGCCAUUCUUCUUGCGCAUUGUUCUAAGUCGCGUUGAGCGUCUGUUGGAAAACUCGUUCCAGGAAAACCUAGCGCUAUCGGGAUUGAUCUAUGCUCUCGCCCAGAAGGCUCGGUGCUCCGCGCUACUGUUUGAUCUGGACGAUGUUAUGCCAGUGGGCCAAAGCCUGCGCAGUAUCCUUGAAGAGGUUUACGCUGAUGCCGUGCUUCGCUUAAAUCGCUUGCCUAACGGUCCCGCACAGCUGCAAGAACUGCGCAAAAAGCUCGUGGGAGAGGACAACGAUGCAGCUCUGAACGAUCACGGGGCGGAGACACGGCUGUUGUGUGGUUAUGUGGUGCUGGAUGAGAUUCUGAAGGAGCUUUGCUCGAUUCUUUUUGCCCGAGAGCGCGUGAAGACCCUCCCGCUUAAACCCGAGGGAUACUAUUUGGAGCCCAAACGCGCUAAAUCUUUGUCGCCUUCGUCGGUGAUUGAGCGCAGGCGCGCGCUCUCAAGCGAGACCGUUUUUUCAGACAACGACUCACACGUGGACGGGGCUUCUCCUGGCAAACAAGGUAGUAUCGGCACGGAAUUCGAGGCACUACUGGCCGAAGCUCAGUCCAGCAUGGAUGACUUACUUGUUGGCUCUGGCGAAACCUCGGUGGCAUCUGCUUUAGAAGUGGAAGUGGAGACCCAGAAUGUAUAG